CUUUUCACUGUAUACAGUUUUUUCUCAUUUAUUUUGUGAAUGUUGUAUGGACGASCRUCGRCAUUAGACCCACAGGGAGUCCGUACUGAAAGAAUGGGAUGAAAUGGUAUUUUGAAAAAUUUCCCACUAKAAARCRCUCCAACAAAACUGUUUGUAUUAUGACAAUGAUAUUUUGGUGCCGUAUGAAAACAGUUCUCCACAUAGCGACCUCGUAAUCGACCUCCCAAGAGUUUCGACUAAUUCCACUGCCAUUUGUCAUUGAACGAUGACAAUUAACUCCCAUUUGUAACUUUGUUAUCGUCUAGAAUGCCAUUUACAGGGCAAAGUGUGCUUCAGCACGUUUCUUUGUAUUCGUUGUCUUGCUUUAUGUUUGAUAUCCGUGUCUUUAUUGCCAUAACUACAUCUUAGUUGUAUGAAUCACGACUCCUAACUACUGCACAACUCGGCGAUAAUUAUUCAUGUGUAUACAUUGUCUCCCGUCGCUCUUCACUCUUGUAUCCUGUGUUUUAUCAGACUGAUGACCUAAGUCGAUCUGCACCCAAGGAGUUUUCUUGAGAUUUCCUAAGUUCAGCUGGAUUUCAAACAGCGCACACGCAUCGCGCGUGUCUGUGACGUCACGAGCGUGUGAUAGUGAUAGAGUAAACUAAAAGUGCAGSUCAUCCAGGAUGUCAAAAAUCUCAACAACUCCAAGCGGACGUUCCUCAAAGUGACACUUGGCGCUCGUCAUUAAGUCAAACCUUGUUUUUAUUCUUGCUUCAUUUCUAGUCGGUCAUUUCACCUUCAAAACAACUACAAGCCGAGACUUAACUGUGUUAAGUUCGAAUCGAGUUCAAAUAGGAGUCUAGAAUGACUCUUGUGUAGAAUUCACAGUAAGCGUGACURGAAGCACUCAUCGCUACUCGUGGCUUAUUCGAAUAUUCGAUCAAAGGAAGGUACAUUAUCAAUACUUGUUGUGGUUUUACAAUGAACUCGACUAACUACACUAACGCUACUCAAAUUCCCGCGAYGAUCUACAGUCAAUUAUACAAGGAGCCYUUUGGAUUAAUGGUAGUUCGCUUAAUUGCSGAAGGAAUCAUCUUCUUUGUUGGUACUGUGGGUAACAUUCUUGUAUGUGUUGUAGUAAUACGUGAACAUCUGAUCAACUCUAUUGCGUACGCUAUGAUCUUUAAUCUCGCUAUCGCAGACCUUGGUAUUCUUCUCUUUAGCUUCCCAUUCGGUCUGAUACGGACGGAAGGGCUGGCUUGGCCGUUAGGCUGGUUUGGCUGCAAGGUGAUUUACCCUCUAAGCGAUAUAUUUCAUGGAGUUUCUAUUGGUUCUAUAACUAUAAUUGCAGUACAUCGUUACCGUGGGAUUGUUGCGGGACGCAGCCCGGAUCCACAACGCUCAUUAAAAUACGCACGCAUCGUAAUCGCAUCGCUGUGGUUUUUAUCGUUCGUUUUUGUUGUSGUGCCAGUUCUGUUAAACAUGGAGUAUGCAAUGAUUCAAGGCGCUCCGCACUGCUAUCCCAAGUUCCCUAAGUGGCUGUACUUUGAAUUGUACCAAAUAGAAUUGUUCAUUCUUACGUACAUUCUACCUAUUGCCAUUAUCUCCUUCACGUACCUCAAGAUACGCGAACGGUUACGGGAAAGUAUCAGACUGCGGCAACGYAUACGUAAGCAAUCUGGCAAUGGUCUCRCCAAAAAAGACAACUUCAAUGAAAAAAACUUCAAAGCGCUUCGCGUGCUCGCYCCGGUUGUUGUGGUGUUUGUGGUGACGAUGUUUCCGUACAAUCUUUAUCGUGUGGUGGAAAUCUUUAUCGACAUGUCUUCCAUUAAGGAAAUGAUUCUAUUCUGGAAGAUGAGCGUGCUUGCGUUUGUGUGCAAUAGUUCCGCGAACCCAGUGAUUUACGCACUCAUGAGUGGAGAUUUCCGCAAGGCUUUUAAAUGGCACCUWAGGUACUGCGUUAGCAAACCAUUGAAUAAAACUAAGAUGUUUUCGCUAUCAGAGAGGUAUACGUCCAUUAAGCCAAAACAGCCCAGAGGUGGUUGUAAGAAGGAAGAUCCAACUAGCAUGGUCCUCGUUUAAACCCCCCCCUACGAGAUUGACGACGUGUGUAAAUUGCAAUGUAGAGAUUGACGACGUGUGUAAAUUGCAAUGUAAUGGUCAUCAUUUAUCGCUACGAAGAAAGCUGUUGAUCUUUCACACACUCUCUCGCAGUAAACGUCUGUAAUGACGUAUAAUAGUAAUUACUUAACAAAAACUUAAUCGAUAAAGGACUAAAGUCAGGUGAACGUGAUGUGCCUAGAGUCUAGUGAAUACCGCACUUUGAACGCCGACAUUUUUAGGUUGUUUCGCUGGUUUUCAGCAAGGAAAGUGCUAACAUGUGAUUGAGAUUUCUCGUGGAUUACUAGUAUAAACCCAUUCACUAAAGAACAUAUCAGGGUAUUAUAACUAUAUCUAGCUGUACUCCUUUGCAAAGUGAUUUAAUAUAUGGAACACCGGUUGUGACACUGAUGAGUUUUACAUGUUUUGUGCGGCGAAGUUCGUAUAGUUCAUUAAAUAGUGGCCUGUACGAGGGGACUGAGCUACCAUGAUAAGUCCUAAUUUAAUGUUUAUCAGAAAAUCCAUCUACAAAGCUGUCAGUAGGGAAACCAAGAAGAUUAAACAAAAAUCCCAUAAAACUACUUCUGUUAUCUUGUCCUACUAGGCACAUACACUCGGUCAACUAGGGUUUUCUUUGAUUCAAACAUCAAUAUCUUCUUCUAUAGCGGCUCUUACUGGGGAAAAGGAAAAAACACUCCCCCGAAAUUCUUAGUUACAAUAGAUUUAAUAUGCCGGCAAGUGAAUUGMGCGCACUGGGCGAUUGGCUUCAUUUUGAUUCCCAGCUAAGUGUGUUUUGCGACCUUUUGUAAAUAAAGAAAAAAUAUUCAAUAACAAUUCUAUGAAUACAAUGCUGUUGUAUAGAUUACUAGCAAAAAUCUUAAGAUUUUUGUAUGUCCACUUAUGAAGUAAAGAACAAAAUCCAGCUGGAUGGCGGCCUUUGGGAAGUAGUUUGAUUAAACAAAAUAUAUAUUAAUAGGUGAAAAGUAAAUUUUUUUUUGUCAGGAUUUUUCUGUUUUAUUCUUUAACAAUACUUAAAAAGUGUAAAGCGAAUUCUCAAUAUAAAAUAGAAUGUGAAAUAAGGGUAAUCACAUAGAAAUAAUUAGAAUACUGAAGUAGAAAAUUCAUCAAAUAUGAAUAGAUAUAGUUAAUGAAACAAAAUCAUGAAAAYAUGACAUGUAAAUAAAUAAAUACAAGGCGAGCCACUUGGUUGUUGGCGCCUUUUGAGUCCCAUGAAUCAUGUUCAUUGCUGUUUUGUGUCAAGAAGCAUUUUCUAAAAUAAGAUGGUUUAUCUAUCCAUCUAUCAGGCUUAUAUUGUAACGAAGGAUAAUAUUCUUGAAAUGCCAAGGAUGGAUUCUUGACUUGGCGUCAAUAAGAUCUUAGAAAUACAAGUGACACGAUCUUAAAACAGUAGAUAACGGAAAAAAACUUAAACUUGGAAUCGGUGCAUUGUAGAAUGAAAUGACGCGCAAAGAAAGAUGAACCGAAUCGGUUUUGAAAAUGAGCAUGAAAUUCAUCCUAAAAUAAGUAAUUAACGGAAUAUCUUUCAGAGAAAGGUUAUUAAUCAUAAAACCAUGAAACAAGCGAAAAAAUUGCGAAAAAGGAAAAAAAGCUGAAAUACUGAAAUUCGAAUGUCAAAAAUGGCAUUUUCAAAUAUUGUACUUCUUUUUGAUAAUUGAACAAAAUGUUUAUUUCCAAAUCAUUCUUUUUUAAUUGCUCUAUAUGAUGAAAGGUUUYAUUUGUGUUCGUAAGGUGUGGAUGUAGACGCGCGGUGGUUUUUACAGGGAUAUUUUGUUUGGCGGUCAUAUCUGCAAAUGUUUAAGACGCGUAUUUUAUGGGAUUACCGCGAAUACGAGAUAUUAAUUGAAAUUUGGUCGAUUUACUCAUUUAGAGGUUUGAAAUGAAAACUAAUAUAUGGGUAAAGGAAAAUAAUUAAGAGACUUAAGAAUGCAGUUGGGUUAUGCUUUGAUGGGUUUAAUCUUARAUAUAUUACCAAAACAUGAAAAAAUGUCAGAUGAAAACGAGAAAAAUAUAGAUAUCAUUGUGGGAAGAAAUAGUCUAGAUAUAAGCUAUUAAAGAUCCAAAGCUACCGAAUAUAGAAGCAUCGUAAUGUUCGAGAACAAAAAUCCACCAUAUAUGAUAGUUUUGAUGAUCUAAUCUUCUAAAAUGCUUGUGGAACAACACAGCCAAAUAGUCUAGGAUAGCAAUCAAAGAUUUAAAAUCACAUAUACAUAGUGUGUUAGUGAUAGAUGGUUGGUAGAAAUCGCUAUUCUACAGAUAAUUUCUAGAUUAUCACAGAAACAUUGCAGGUGUAGCGGAKAAAACUGCAACUCCCAGCCCCCAUGCGCAACAUAACAUCAAAUCCGGGUAUAGCGUAAUAUCAAUCUAACGUUAAUAAAAGGCUUCAUUUCCCCUUCGAAAUGAUACAACACAAUCACAAGAAACAAUCGUGUUAUACUCUAUUUAUUUCUAAUAUAUAAAGUUAUUUUCGUGACUCAAUGAUUUAAGUGCAUGCCUGACAAACUGAUCAUGUUUAAUCUCGUAAAGAUGGAUAAAACACAGGCUUUAUUUGUUCACUGACUAUUUUGCUACCAACAAACCCUAACCGCAAUUCAAACUACAGACAAAGAUUUCCACAGAUUUCGUGUUUAUUUAUUUGGGCAAAUUCCCGGCUUUUGAUAAUUGCUAUUCUGGGUUGCUAUGGCUUGAGGAGUUUAUUCUUUUUUUAAACGAAACAUAUAGGACCAUGGUUAUUGCUGCUAUGGAUAAUUGCUGGAUGGUAUAUUGAGCGUGAUAUUACCAUGUAUUACUAGAUGAGGGUUAUAUCGUAAAUGAAUAAGGUUUUUGUAUGCUAAUAAUGAUAUACAAAUCUGUACAUACAGUUUAAGCCAUGUUUAUUGUGGAUAAUUGUUGGAUGGUGUUUAGCGUGAUAUUACCAUGUAUUACUAGAUCAGGUUUAGGGUGAUAUAUCCUAAAUGAAUAAGGUUUUUGUAUGCAAUAAUAUCCGUAAAUAGUAAAAUUCCGUACAUAAAG